AAAUGUCGAGAGUCGAUAUUGACAGAAUGAUUUUAGGGGUCCUAGCCUAUGGUACACUACAAACUGAUGAGUAUGUACAUAGUAUCACUCAGACAACAUCAACCACCUUUCAAAUCGCACUCUUUAUUCUGGCACGCAAGGUAGAGAGAUCGAUGGUUGACGCUCCUAUGACAAUCGACCACACAUUAAGCGUUUAUAAUGAUAGUACCGAUCAUCAUCACAGUACCGUUCGGAGAUGGAGAUCAAAGAGAAAAAACAGAAGAACGGAAAGCAUAUGAAGAAAAGGUCAUACAUAAAUUUGGUUUCGAAGGCAUAAGUGAUGGCCACGAGUAUUUUUAUGAUGAAUUUAACUUUUAUCCAUACAAAAAUCCUAAUCCGAGGGGUAAGCCUUUAUCGGACAAACAAUUAUACGACCUUUUGCACGACGAAAUGGAUUUCUUCUUACCUGAAAUGGAAUCAGCAGCAAAGGUAGGAAAAGAGUUCAGCAGAGAAAAUAGACAAGGUUCAAGCUUGCCUAAUCGUAACUAUCGUACGCAAUUUGUUCCCUAUUCUGUUGAUCAUAGAAGCAAAGAAGUUGUAAUUCAGGAGGGGGAGGAAAGAUGGUGCAGAGAUCCAUAUGUCGUCAUCGCAGACGAUCCGGAUUGUGUUUGGGGAAAAUUCUUUUACAUCGAUGAAUACGAUUGUAAAGGGAGAUUAUUACGAAAAUACAAAAAAGAAGGGCAAGAUGUUGGCGGUAUUCUGGAUAAAGAGGUAGAAGAAUUUACUUUGGGAAAAUCAGACGAAUUUUGGGUGGAAAUGGAAGGUGAUGUCAACGAUCCACCCGAACAUCAUCGUUUGGAACACGUAUUAGCAUCUAGGUGGCUCGGAUUAGAGUAUUCUACUUGCUUCAUGUAUGGAAUCGAAUCUUCCUAUAUGGAAGUAGGUUUCAUACCAGCAGUCAUUGACAAUUUGGGUUGUGGUAACUUGUUCUUCCACGAAUUAAUGCCGGAAGAAAAUUCAAAUAUGAAUAAUGAAGAAGCAGCAAAAGAAGUUCAAAAAUCGCUAGAAAAAAUGGAGGAAGAAGAUCCUAAUCAGUAUUUUGCUAGGCUAAAGAUCAAUUCGACCAACAACGAAGAAAAAAACUGGAAAGCUGAGCUUGUGAUAUGAGACUUGCUACAUUUUCUCGCCAGACGUGUAAACAAGUCCUAAUGACAAAUUCAAGGGUCAAUAAUGUAAUCUGUGAUCUGACUGACCGAGUCUCGGAAAGAUUUGUGUUACAAUACUCCCUUUGUUCAGCUGAUCAUCGAGUGAGAUCGCAAUAGAUGCGGCAAAGCAAGUUCAUCAUACUUUAACUUUUAUCGGGUAGUUACAAAAAGGUCCGCUG